AUGUCACAUUCUCAUGAAAAUGAUAAUUUUGAAUCUUUUAAUGAAAAAUACGAAAAGUUUUUCCAAAAUGUUGAUGAUCUUUUUGAGCUUCAACGUGGUCUUAAUAAUGCAUUUGCAUAUGACUUUGUUCCUAUGCCAUCUGUUAUUGAACAAGCCUUACGAGCAGCCAGAAGAGUAAAUGACUUUCCUACGGCAGUCAGAAUAUUUGAAGGAAUUAAACAAAAGGUUGAAAAUAAAGAACAGUACCAACAGUAUUUGGAUGAAUUUAAGUCCUUGAGAGAAGAACUUGGUAUUUCUUUGAAAGAGGAACUUGUAUAA